AUGUGGGAGCUUACUACAAACGAAGAUACCUUAAUUGAGCUGGAAAAGUCCCUGUCUAUGAAAAAGAAUAACCGCCACCAAAUACAGUGUACUUCUACAUCUGUAGGUGAGGAUUUCAAUCUCCCAGGUUGUUAUUGGAAAAAUCAAGUAGUCAAGCUGUGCAGUUAUCCUGCACUACACCAUCAGUUUGGUGACUUACUGGACGAUAGUGGCUUCAUACAACUUGACACUUUAGACUUGACCCUCUCCAAUAAUCCCUCCAGCAUCAUGAAUGUCUCCAUUUUAGCUGGACUUUCAGGCCAUGAUUGUCCUAUUAUUAACAUUUACCUCAAACCAAUAAGAUACAAACAAAAACCUACAGAAAUUCCUUUGUUUAGCAAAGCAAGAUGGGACGCUUUUGAAGAAGAUCUAACGUUGAUUGGCAAAUUUCUGUGUGAUGAACACAAUGGUUUAUCAGCAAAUGACACAUGGCGUAGGUUGAAAACAAUCAUACAUGAAGGCAUUAACAAAAUAAUAUGUAUGGCAUAAAAGAUAUAAGUCCAAAGACCACCUUCCAUGGAUAACAAGGGAUAUUAAGAAACUAAUCACGAGAACGGAUAUUUAAAUUGUCUUGUAAAAAGAAAACCAUGCUAAGAUCGCAUGCACAUGAUGCUCAAAAACUUACAAUGUUAUCUAAUUAAUUCAAAGACAAAAAAGAGCAAUACAAGGGAAGUCGAGAAAAGCAUAAUGGGAUUAUGUUGAGACCAUAAUCACACCUACGAACAAUGAAAAUCACAACAAAUUGAGACUGAAACAUUUUUGGAUGUUUAUCAAACUGUGUCCAGCGUUAGCAAAUACGCCAAAUUUGGUGUAUUUAAUGUUCAGAUUACUCCACUGAGUCACUUCGACUUCAGAAAUUUUCGGUAACAAACAGUUUUGUCCUUACCUUUUCACAAAAAUACAAUUUACGUUAAUUGUAAAGGUUGUAAACCUUAAUUAAAUCAUCGAAUUAAAGAAUUAUACUGCACGACAAAACAGGAAGAGGGUAAAUUACUGUACGAUCAAAGUUUACUCGAUGACCGCCACCAUCAUGGAUGCUCCUCAAGAGCAAGUUUAAUCUCGGGUCAACAAAUCUAGUUCUUAAAAUGCAUGUAUACCUUUGCCUUUGAGCAGUGUAGUGUCCAAAUACACAGUGAACAGAAGAUUCCUAACGUGGUGUAAAAUUUGUUCUAUUUCAAGGAAAUCUGCCAUAAGUCUUUUCAAAACUUAUUUACUGGGCCGAGGUGCUUCCGCAGAAUGGCAAAAUCAAAACACAAGUUGCUUCUGUUUGAAGUCCACAAAUCCAGUUCGGUUAUGCUGGUAACAAAGGCUGUUUUAAGUUUAUAAAUGACAUCCGUAAGCCUUUCUUCGCUGUUCCCAGCUAAUGUAAAAUACGAGAAAAAUGGGUUGAAAGAAGUCUUCUUGUGACAUGUAGAGAUAACGACAAAAUGAAAGGUUUAUAAAUCUUUUUCCCGAAGUAAACAUUGGCCACCAAGUUGAAAGUGUUCCAUUUAUGUUACUCUCACUAUGCAGUUUGAAUUUCACUUGAAAGUCCGCUGUACGGCUUGACAAGAAGCUUGGAACAGUAUUUCUUCGCAUUGUGUGACUUCGCGUGACAAAGUUAUCUGACAUUACGUCUGUUGAUUUUGCAAAAAUGUAAUAACAAGAAAACUUGGGUUUUUGUAUUCUUUCGAAUUUGUUUUUGUUUGAGUAUGUGUAAAGUAAUAUUUUUUAGUUGCUCUGUAGUAAUUCCUAAUGUUUUUACAAGAUUUAUUAAUGAUAGUGUGAGCCUACGCAUUGAACCGCUGACUGUACGAAAUUGUUCGCCAUGGUGUCGUUCUGACACAGUUACAAUAUUAGUUCCUUAGUAUCAAUGGUGCACAGAUAUCAGAUCCUGACAAGUCAGCAAAUCAUUUAAACAGGGCUACUGGAAUUAUGCGUGGAUGCGAAAGUGCAUAAUUCAGCUCUGAGCUCAUAAUUUGCAUAAUUCCCGAAAAAACUCAUAAUGGCACAUAAUUUUCGAAAAUUUUGAAAAAUCUAUAUGUUUUUUCAUACCUUGAGAGAUGUGUGGAAAUUUUUUCCCCGUAAAUAUAGUACAGAUAGCCACCGCUUUGUUGCAAAAAGCUUUCCAUGGAAAGCGCAUGGUAUUUAAACGUUAGUAGUUGAGGCAGAAAUGAUACAAAUUAACAAGUACUACUUCCAACACAAAAGCAGUGAGUGUGUGAAAAAAAUAAACCCAAGUUAAUGUACGAAAUUCAGAGAAUCUAUAUCUUCCUUCAAAUGAUUGGAAAAGGCAUUAUCACUCAUUGGUGCACUGGAUCAUCACAAAACAUUUCACUUGUGUUGUUUUUUGGGCGAGAAGAAAUCAAUAUGCUGAUGUGGGUAAGAUGUUUUUGAUGUUUUUUAGAAUCAGUGACACAAACUGGCACAGCAUUGUGAUCGCCGCCAAGGGGAGCAUAAUUACACUCGUUGUAAAUAUGAACACAUGUAAGUACAACUGGAAAGGCUUAAAUGAGUCCGCAUUCCCCGCUCAUUUAUACCUAAGUUAGUUCUAUAUAUAUUUCGAGACCAUGCAGUAAAUUUCACAGUCGACCUUAUGCAAGGAGCGUUUAUCGAUAGAUUUCAUCACAUUGAUCCCACAAAAACUGACAAUUUCAACGCACCAACAUUAGACACCUCUGCUUCUCAUAAAAUCACAGCAAAAUGUCGCAUUCUCUGUCCAAAGACACUUUGUAGCAACUUGCAAUGUUUGCCCCCUGGCGAUCCCAUAAUCCUGUGCACAUAACUAAGUCUCCAAUUACUGGAAAAUCAUUCAUUUCAAUCAGCCUUCACUACUAAGGGCCCCAUACGCGAUGGCCUGCUACCAAAUACAUCACCUUACUGCUGUACUGGAAAACUGCAUGGGUUCCACCUGUUUUUAAAAAAGGGUAGAAAAUCUGACGCUGCAAAUUACUGGCCAAAUUUUCCUUAACAUGCAUUGCCUGUAAGGUAUUGGAACAUGUACUUAUCAGCUAAAUAAUGAAGCACACCCAAGUGAACAACAUCCUAGACAAUUUACAAUGUGGCUUUAGGGAAAAACGCUCCUGCCAAAAUCAAUCGUUAGAGCUUAUCUGGGUCAUUCCACGAUCAUGGGCGUUACAUUUGCAUGAGUGUAGUUAGAGAAAAAUCAUUAGAACAGAUACAUAAUAACAAACAACCAUUCCCUUUCACUUUGUUUGUGACAGAUAGGUAUUAGUUGCAUGUGAAGUGAGAAACUCAUCAAAUUUACUAUUAUGCAAAUGUUACAACCAAAGAAACCACGUUCUUAAGUGCAAAUGUUAAACAUAAAAUUCCUGUGAAUUCUGCAAGUAUAACUAAAAACAAUUGAUAUUAUUUUUUAGGUAAAUAGUGAUACUACAAUAACAAAGUGAUAAAUACAUGUAUUUCUUUUGUGAAGUGUGCCUUCUUUGCUUGAUGACAAAACGCUGUCAUGGAUGUUACAUUCUGGAUCAUGGAUGUUACAGAGGGUAAAAAAGAUAAAGAAAUCACUGAUGUCAAAAAUUUAAAUUCCCUGUACCUUCUUUCUUUCCCACAAACAUUAGAAAACUGGUCUAUUGAUUAGAGUAUCUUUCAGUUCCACAUUAUUCUCAAAUUUUAGAGACUGUGAGCAAUUUAGAAGUUUCCACAGAGCUAUAUUGACGACUUGAUAUGUUUACUUUAAAAGAUGAAGUAACUUACACUUGACAUUAAUUUUUUGUUGACAAUUGUAAUUAUUAGUAAUGUUGUCCUUAUAAUAAUUCACUAUUGUCUCCAAUAAGAUUCUAAGUGCUCUCUUUAACUCCAUAAUAAUAUUCAGCAAUGCCGAAUAUACAUUAUUGUUGUUAUAUAAAAUUUUAGUAUUAUAACCAGGCUUUUUAGGCAAUUAUUAGUGAGCUUCCUGCAUUAAUCAUAACUAUAACAAAAUUCUUAAAUCUGAUUGGCUAUCAACUGCCCUAAUUUCAGCCUUAAUAGGACAGUUAAAUAGGACAGUACACGUCAUGCUUAAGUAAUUGGACAGUACGCGCCAUCACGUGUGCGCUUAAAUGGCUUUUUUUUCACAAAAAAAAUCUCGGGAUUUCUUGUGUUUUGAUUAAAAAAGAGCCUAAUAGAUCACAAAAUUUUGUUAAAGUUAUGAUUAAUUGGUAACAGAACUUCGUGUUGUCCAAUUCGGUCUGUAAUCAUACUCGUGAUUAGUCAAAUAGGACUGCGGCUAUGCGGUCGUCCGAUUUUGUUAAUCACUUGUAUGAUUACAGACUGAAUUGGACUCCACUCAGUCCUGUUACCAUUAUUUAUUGUUUUCAUGAUGUAACGUCCAUGAAAGUAACAUCCAUGAAGUAUGAGAAAUUUAACAUUAAAUUUUUUGUGUCCUUUCGGAACUGAUUAGUUUUGUUGUCACAGAUGUAUGUUACUUGGUCAAAUAAAAAAGCAUCUUUGUUAUGUUUUGUACUGAGCUUAGACAACAGCUGUGAGAGAAAAAAAAAAUUUCUUUAAAUUUCAUGGACGUUACGUAACGUCCAUGUCAAUAGUUUUGGCAGUUACUGAUUUCUCCGAAAAAAUGUAACUUGAAAAUACUGUGGUUUUUAAUGGAGAGUUAUGGUUAAACUAAACAUUUCAAGUUACAUUUAAUCUUCAUUGAACUCAGUUGUUUGAAUUAUGGUUAAAAGAUUAUUGAAUUCAUUAUUACCGGGAUACGAGUCUUUUGGUAGUCACUUACUUUGGGGACCCCCCUCAGUAUCAAAUGGUGGAUCUGCACUUACACUAAUGUAUGUCCUGAUGAUUUUUGAAACUUCAGUCCUUAUGCAUUUUGGCGGUGCACUUAAAAUCCAAGAGUAGUUUAUUUCAAAAAUGGUCAUUUUUUCUUUUCUCAUGUGGAAUGGACCAUCCAUGACUUAGCAAGCAACAUGCAGGGAGAGGGCCAAACUGAUGUACUUAUAACGGAUUUUGAAAACGCUUUCGAUAAAGUUGGUUAUCGUCGCUUAAUCCACAGGCAGGAGUUCCAAAAGGCUCAGUAUUGGGUCCUUGCCUCUUCCUGCUGUACAUACAGCCCUGUACAUGUAAAAGAUCUAGCUGAAAGUUUGUCCAUCAAGGUUAGACUACUUGCUGAUGACACUAUAUUAUACCUGGCUAUUCAGUCUAUGAACGAUUCUGUGAGCCUACAGGAAGAUCUACGAUGA